AUGGGCGAGAAACAACCAGAAGCCAUGCCCCAUAUGGCGAGCGCCGAUCGACAUGACGAGGCGGUGGUGUAUCUCGAGGGCCAUGGUGAUGUGCACCCCAACGUGGAUCUGGUGGCUCUGCGCCGCAAGAUCGAUCGGCGGCUGCUGCCCUACAUGUUCUGUUGCUAUGUGCUGCAGUUCCUGGACAAGGUCAUGCUGAAUUAUGCUGCGGUGAUGGGAAUCAAGAAAGACCUCAAGCUGGCUGGCAACGAGUUCUCCAACACGGCAACAUGGUUCUUCAUCGCCUAUCUGAUCGCCGAGGUUCCCAACGUCUACUGUCUCCAGAAAGUGCCUGCUGCUAAGUGGCUCGGAGGAAACGUUUUCCUCUGGGGUGUCGCUGCGGCCGCCUCUGCUGGCGCCAGUGACUAUCGGAGUCUGCUGGUCGCACGAAUCUUCCUCGGUAUCUUCGAGGCAACCGUCGGCCCUUCAUUGAUGCUGCUGAGUAGCCAGUAUUAUACACGCAGUGAGCAAGCUCCCCGAUUUACCUUCUGGUAUAUGGGUCUAGGUGUUGCCCAAAUCUUGGGUGGUAUUAUCUCGUUCGCGUUCCAGCAUGUUCACCAUGCUUCUCUGGAGGGAUGGCGUAUCAUGUUCCUCGUUCUGGGGCUGAUCACUGCCGUCAUCGGAACUCUGACCUUCUUCUUCAUUCCGGACACCCCCAUCAAGGCUAAAUGGCUGUCGGAGGACGAAAAGGUUGCUCUCCUGCAGCACGUCAGCGAGAACCAGACUGGCGUGUGGAGUUCCACUUUGAACCUGAAACAGAUCAAGGACGCAGUCUUCGAUGCCCAGCUCUGGCUCUUGACCUUGACAACCAUCCUGAUCUCUGUAUCAAGUGGUGUGGUAACCACCUACUCCGCAACCUUAAUCGCUGGCUUCGGCUUCUCAGGUCCUAUCUCCGCCCUCCUCAAUACCCCAGCCGGCAUCGUGAGCAUCUUCUUCACUCUCCUCGUCGGCUUCGGUAUCCGCAAGACCUCCAACCGUUGGGCCUGGAACGUCCUCUGCACCAUUCCCGGCAUCAUCGGCGGCGGUCUGCUCUCAUUCCUGCCGAAGAGAAACAAGGCUGGCGUGUUGAUUGGAAUUUAUCUGGUUAAUGCGAUCGUCGCUACUCUUCCAAUCCUCUAUCAGUGGACUAUGGCCAACUGUGCAGGCCACACCAAGCGUGCCUUUGCCAGUGCCCUCGUCGCUGGAUCCUUUUCCAUUGGCAAUAUCAUCGGUCCUCAGACCUUCCAAGCGCGCGAUGCUCCGGAAUACAGACCUGCUAAAAUUGCGGUUCUCGCUACCCAGGCUGCUGCCGCUGUGUUGUCGGUUGUUCUCUUCUUAUACUAUAUGUGGCAGAACCGUCGCAGGGAUCAGACCAAGGGUCCCGUUAACGAGGCUAUGGUGGACGAGACCAAGUGGGCUGGCCUCACUGAUCGCGAGAAUCCUUACUUCCGUUAUGCGUACUAA